UACAUGUUCUACAGUUGAGUAUAAUAAUAUUGUUCAAGUAAUAUAGUAGUAUUCUAUCCAAAACUCGGCAGGUUUUGCCGCUUCGUGAAAAUGCCAAAGUAUCUAUUAUUAAUCACAGAAUGACACCCGGCAAUUCGUUUGAUAAACUCGAAUUAUAAUCAUAGAUAGGUAUAUAAAAUAACUAGAUAGCAAACUCUGUAUAGCUUUACAACAAUUUGAAGUCGUCAACCAUUUACAGGUGGGACAAAAACGAUUGCAAAAUAGGAUAUAAUCGACAUCGAUAGAAGUAGUAUCGAUUUUUAUAUCGAUUUGAUGUUUAUUAUCUCAUAAUAAUGGACACAACGUAAUAAUAAGAAUAACAACCGUUAAAUAUCAAUAAUUCAGUAUUGUUUUUGUCCAACCUGUAAAUGGCGUCUGCCUUCAAUAAUAUAGAUACGAGUUUGCUAUCUAGAUAUUUUAUAUAUCUAUGGUUAUAACUAAUAAAUCGAAUCGUGAUUAGAUAAGAUAAGAAAGCAUAUACGCUAAGUAGAAAAACAUUAACGUAUAUACUAGUGUAUACAGUAUCACACUGACCCAUCCUGGCCUUCGAUGUUGGUUGCAGUGAACUACGCGAUCGGUGUUACUGCAGUGAACCAGGCAGUCGGGACUCUUUGAUAUUUAUUUAUUUAAAUUUUGAGCAGAGCGAUAGAAGAAGCUCGUACCUAAAUUAUAUUAUAAUAUAUGGAAAAUGACAAGCUCGUUUUUAAAAAUCACAAAGAUAAAUGGAUUACGCGCUUUUAGUAGACGUCGAGACGCGUAAGUUUGUUGAUGCUACCUAUAUUGAUUUAUUUGCAUGUUUUUAUUCGUACAAUAGGUACUUCUAUGUGUAUUUUUUAAAUAAAUCAUUCGUAAAUACAAUACUUUCAGAUUCAUUAUAAAAGUAAAAUCGUGCAUCUAUCCCAUAUAAUUUAAUGUCUGCAUUUAUUUCCAUUUGCAAGCCCACCUCUGCAUUAUAAUAGAUUUAUUACAAUUCUGUUUUUUUUUGGAAAAUGUAACUAAAAUAAAAUAAUAUUUUCCAUAAAUUAUAUUGGGUUGGCACGUGCAUGUUCUAGUGGCUCAAGUAGUCAGAAAAAGCAAGAACAUUUUAAUUUUACGUUAGUAAGUACUAUCGAUACAAUAAUGCUAAUAACAGAUUCACUGGUUUAUUCAUGUACAUUCACAUUUAAACUAAAUAUUCGAUUUUUUUCCACCACUUUAGGAACAAUAUCCUGUCAGCUGUGUCAAUAUAAAUUUAUGUUUUUUAAUAAUAAUAAUAUCCAGUCAAUUUUCAUCUAAAAUUUUAAGAACGUUUCAAAACCAUAAUGUAGGAUACAAAAUGUAAUCUCUAGAGUGAAUAUCAUUGCGUGAUAAUAUGUUGGCCUGGAAUAAUAUAACACUAUGCAAUUCGAUUUGCACGGUUUUAUGAGAUGGCUUCGCAAAUGGAAAGUACGAUAAAAACAAUAAUAUAAUAUAUUAAUAUGUAUAUUUAACACAUAUAAUUUACUGUGUAUCAGAUUAUUAUUUAUAUUGGAUUGAGUAUCUUAUAACGUCGUUAAUUAAGUGUAUAAAACCUCUCACCGACCUUUUUGUUACAUUUAGUUACUUAUAUUUAGUUUUAGAUUUUUUUUUUUUCAAAAUAAUUAUUUAUCUGUUCUUUGUAAAGUAGUGACCUAGUCUUGAAAAACGGUCACCGGUCCAAGCACAGUUAUCUGUAUGGGGCUUCAAUCGAUCCGCUAAGACCAUAUACUAUCGGAAGAAUUUUCAACGACGCCGUACGCCAAAAUCCCGACCAAAAAUAUUUGGUCAGCCGACACGAGAACAAAACGUACACAUACGCCACCAUUGAUUCCGAGGUCAAUAUAUUAUGCAUAUAUGUAAUACGGCAUCACAAACAUCAUUUUCGAUUAGGAUCGGUAGGAUAUAUCGAUAGGAUUGGUAUAAGCAGCUGGUAUAGUGACGUGCCUAAGGGACUUGGAAUAUUCAGCCCCUCCCAUUAUUCAUAUUAAAAUAUAAAAAAUAUAAUAAAAUAUUCAACAUUGAAAAUGUAUUGCUAAUAAAAUAAUAGUCUACACGUUUGCACUACUGAGUAAACCAAGUAGAAAUAAUGGAGGGCUAUAAAUUGUUGAAAAGUAUUUUGUCGGAAAUGGGUUUUUUGGAACCGUAUUUUGUCGGAAAAAUAAAUAGUUGGAUAUUAUUUUUUCGGAAAAAUAUUAUGUUAGAAAGUUUUUUUUUGGAAAAAUAAUUUGUCGGAGAGUAUUUUGUCGGAACUGUUCAACAUAAUUUCAUCAUAAGCACUCUGGGACUGCAUGUUAUCGUCAUUGGGUAAAAAUUAUUUUUCAACAAAACACGGUUCUGACAAAAUAUUUUCCAAUAUUUUAUGCGCCCCCGAAAUAAUAAUUACUUUUAAUUGUUAAAUUUUGUUUUUUAGGUACAAUAAAUAUUAAAAUAAAUAUUAUUAUACUACACAAUAAUUAUGUACUUAUCAAAAUGGCCUCAUUUCUUUUGGCUCAGUAAAAUAGAUUAUAAUAUAGCGGUAAUGCUACUGGUUAGCAGAUAUAGAAAAUUCGUAUAGGUUUAAUUUUUAAUUCUGAACGCAACGCGAUAUCUUAUUGUAAACAAAAUACGACCCCGAGAGGCCAUAAAUAAAACCUAACAUAUGUAUAAAAUAAUUUACAAUUUUCACGAAAUCUUUAAAAAAUGGUUCUUCAAACGUUUAUAAUUUUAUCCUAUAUUAGCCUGUAGAUUUUUAAAUAAAUCAUUAAAUUUCUUUCGGGUGUCUCGGCACAAUUGUAAUCAGUUUAAUGUCCAAUAUGUCGUUAAACAUUGACAUUGACGCGAGAAUUAAAUUAAAUUAAUUAGCAUUCUAAUUGUUUUUUUCUAGGUCGACAAACUGUGCAGGAGUUUCAAUGCCAUCGGCCUUAAACGCGGUGAACGAAUUGGUGUGUGGAUGCCAAACUGCGCACUUUAUGUUUCGUUGGUGCUCGCCGCGUCUCGUCUAGGACUAAUAUUUGUAUUUUAUUUAAUAAAAAUAUAUGACUGUUUCUCCUAAUAACGGUGUAAAAUCAAAAUUAAUUUAUGCAAUUAUAUAGGUUAACAUCAAUCCCGCGUACCAGAGUGACGAGUUGAAACACAGUUUGACCCUGGUGGGAGUCAAAUGUUUGGUGGCCUUGGAAACAUUUAAAACCCAAAACUAUCCCGAAAUAAUAGAAAGAAUCGACCAGGACAUUUGGAAACGACCCCCGAACUCGCCAGUCAAGUCCAAAGUGUUGCCAUUUUUAGAGACGGUUGUUUUUAAUUCCGAAAAUCGUAUCAAGUUAGCGGCUAUUAUGAUAUUAUUAUUUUACUUUAAACUGAUAAUUUUGUUCUAAUCGAUUUAACCUGAGUGCCGACAGUAAUAAAGUAGUUAUAAACGAGUAGGUAUCAUCAUUAUGAAUAUAAGCGUUGAGUAACUUUAUUUGGUAAUUUUUGUUACAGCGGUGCUUAUAAUUUAGAAUCGUUUUUGGAUUUGGGCUCGAAUAGAAAUUAUGACGUCCCUAAUAUUCAACCUGAUGAAGGAUGCAACAUUCAAUUUACUUCGGUAAAACAGCGCAUUUUACACUAUUCAAAUAGAGUAUAGUAAAAUAUUAAAGUUUCACGUUUAAAUCGUAUUUUUUCUUAUUUCAUAAACUGUAUCACUAAGUUCUAAAAAUUAGCCAAGUAAUAAAAACUUACCUAUCCUCAAGUGUGACGGAGACGAAAUACAGAGGUAUUCAUAUUAAUGUUAUAAAGUGUACAGCUACAAUAGCAAACAUUUCUUUGAUAUGCACAAAGCCGUUUAACAGACAAACACAAAAUCAUAUCUAAUAUAAAAUUGAUCAAGUGGGUACAUUCAUUUAUUAUUUUUGAUUGAACGUUAGAUUUUACGACUGGCCGGCGUUGAUUAGUGUGCAUUUAUUUGACCACAUUACCGAUCCGAAUCGAAUAAAUGCUCAACCGCGUUUUAAUGAUAUUUUUACGAUGCUAUUUACCGUGUAUGAUUUUCUUAUAAAUAAUAUUAACUAUAGCUGUCUAUUGUCCGGUUAUUCAUUCAUGUCUUCCAUUAGUUAAGCUAAAUCAUAUUUAGGGUGGAACACACAAACAUUAUUUUUCUAUCUAUUAUACAUGUGUAUAAUAGAAUGUAUCUCUGCAGUUUGUCCUUUAUGCAUUAUGCUACACCAUUCAUCCGAUCCCCCAUUAAACUUUGGUAAGUUGUUCUACGUUGCCCGGAAAAAGUUUUUAGUUAUUGAAAUCCGCCCCAUAUUGAAUUCUAUUUUCUGAAACUCGGUUUUUAGGCAUUUUUAGUACAAAAAUCUAAUUAUUUUUGUUGAUUUAUAGGUUACCUUGGUAACACAGACGAAAAAAAAAUAUUGUUAUUAAUUUGUGUAGUGCUAUCCCUGUGAUGUGCGGGUAUCUAUAGUGAUAGAUGAGCAUCAUUUGUGUAGCGGCACGGCGUUUUAAUAAUGCACCACUACUACUCUCCCCCGACUUAAACUUAAAAGUGGAAUAUCUCGUCAACGAAUUAAAGGAAAUUCAAAAUUUCAAAACCAAAAUGUAUUUUAACUAAUACAACGUCAAUUUAUGUGUUUUUUAAUAUAGGUUGCCUUUUGAAAAUCCAAAGUAGGUAGUUUUACUACCAAAAAUAAGGGUGAAAAAAAAUAACAUAAAUGUAAAAUUUUAAUUUAAUUCUUAAACGUUUUAUAAAACAGAUUCCGAAAAAAAGUUAAUACAUUUCGAGAUAAUGAGUGUCUUACGAUAGAUUAAUCAUCUUGUAUAAACAUUGCGGGUCUUUUCGAUUAUUUUCACCGAAUUACAACAAAAACAAAAUCAAAAAUAAUGAAACUGUUAUUUUUGUAAAUUUUCCCGUUUUUCCUAAAUGUUUCCCAAUUAUUAAAAAGAGUACAAGAAAAAUAAAAAAAAACAACCAUACGCAACCGUAAGACAACAUUUUCUUUCAGAAAUAAUGCUUCUCUUGAAAUUCAAAGCUAUUUAAAAAAAAAUAAAUCGCACACAUCAUAAUAAAACGAAUCGUCUUUAUUAGGUAGUAUUUCUAUGCUCGUAAAUUUGUAUGCAUAUAUUAUAUUAAUUUGUUAUCUAAAUAAGUACUUGAACAGUUUAAUGACCAUAUAAAAAUAGUCGUCAAUGUUAAUAUAUCAGCGUAGGCACCUAACAUUAUGCAUGUAUAAUGGUUACAGAUAAUAUACCAUAAGACAAUAUUAUGCAGUACCAUUACUUACAUACAACUAUAAAAAUAAACAUUUUUUACGGUUUUAGGGCACUACUGGUAAACCAAAAGCAACACUAUUAAAUCAUUUCGGGAUGGUAAACAACAUCAAUUUUAUCAUGAAACGUCUUGGAAUUCACGAAAAUGUUAGUGAAUAGUAAAAAUUAUCUACAUGUUAUUAUUAUAUUUUACAAUAAGUAACGAAUUGUGGUUUUCUGUCGAAUUUUCCCCAAAAAUAGAAACUAAUGACCAUUUUGUAGUGUAUACUGAAUCUAUAUAUAUCUUUUUAUUGAUAUUAGUAGACACUUCUUAGGACUCCAUUUGGACUAAAUUAGCUCAAACAUGGGAAUUCGAGUUUGUUUUAUAAGCGAAUCUAAGUGCCUAGUAUUUAAUUGCAGUAUGAAUUUCAACAUGCUGUUACGGGAGGGUGUUUUUUAAGCUCCCCCCCAAAUGAAAUACCAAGGGAAUGUGAUUUUGUAUAUUAUGCAUUGCGUAAGUGACAAUAUUGUGCCUUUUGAAGAUUUUGACUUUGAACUACCGUCCCUACCACUUGUACACUCAACGUUUUUUUAAAAGUAGUACAACAUUGUACUGUUUUAGUUAUUUAUUGUUUUACAAAAAACAUUUUUAUAAUAAAAAAUAAGUGAGGGAAAAUUCGACUUUAGUGAGGGAACUUUACUGCUUACAAGUGUUUUUUGAUUCCUGAUUGUUCUUAUUAUAUCUUACUAUCAAUGUUGUAACUUUGUAAGUAAAUAAUAAUUUUUUAAUAGGGUAAUUUAAAUACAUUUUGCUGUAUGCCACCGUUGUUUCAUACUUUUGGCUUAUCCAUCGGCAUACUUGGAACUUUGAUUACUAAAUCGACAUUAUAUUUUCCAUCGGCGCAUUUCGAACCAAAAGCCGCAGUCGAUGUUAUUAUUCAAGACAAGUAAGUGAAUAUAGUGACGCUGAUCAUUCUCAGCGGUAAAUCCCCUAGCACUUUUUGAUGGUGGGCGAGUGGGUUAGGAUAAAUGCAUGAACAUUUAACAUCUCAACGCAUUAUAGUAUUAAAAACAAUUAAUUGUUUGGUUUUGUGACGGGUGGAUAUGUUUAUAUUAUAUUUUACCCCGAGAUAUUGAGUAGAGAUUGGUGCCACUGAGUGAAUAUUAAUAAUAGCAAAUACUUAAUGUUUACAUUAAACACAUAUACCAUAUAAACAUAUAUAUUUUAAAUAUAAAGUUGAUUUUAUUUUAUAUUUUGAUUGUUGGAUAUGGAUAUGCAUAAUGGUUAUUGUUAACAUUUUUGAUGGUUUCAUUUGGAAAUGAUAUAAUAUGUCAGACAAUAAAAUUGUUAAAUUCAAACAAAAUUUAUUCUGAACGGAAAUAAUCGUUUUCUAGACUACAUUUUUACCGGCUAUCUAUGUAAAUGCACGUCAAAGUUCACAAAAUUUAAAAAAAACCGUUCCAAUUAACUCUAUACACUAACUUCUUGAGUUUUAUUGGGCAAUUUUUAGUAUAGGUACAUCGUUUUAAGUGCAUAUACUACUAUAGUACAAGUACCAUUUCGAUGUGUUCAAUACUAUAUUAGAAUAUAAUUCAUGCAAAUUGCAAAAAUUAUAUAAAAAUUAUGUAAUUUAUUCGAAUAAUUAGUCAUUCAAUUUUGAAAAUCACUUUGAACAGUCUAAAUUCAAACAACUGACAUUAACCAUUCCGUUUUGGCCGUUUUAUAUUGGGUAUUAGGUAAAUAACGUUUUGACUAUAAAUUAAACAAGUUCGAGUAUUUAUGAAAUUGUCUGAGCAAAAUAUAUAUUUCAUAUACUUUUUACAAUAUACUUAUUUACUCAUCAUCAAUCUUCAGUUAUUAAUAUUAUUUUAGCAAUUUAAUUGAGCCUCGGUAGAAAUGAUUUCUUAAAGACAACCCAUCAUAUAGUAAAAUGUAUAGGCAUAAUAAUAUAUCUUUUGCUUAGAUUGAAAACUAAAAUUUGUUUAGUUUAUAUAUGUUGUGAUUAUAUUAUAGAUGUACGUUUAUAUUUGGUACCCCGACGGUACUCGUGGACGUUAUUGCCGCUUUUGAAAAAUUACCUCCAGAACAGAGAAACAAUAAAGUGAAGUAUGCAAUGACCGGUGGAGCUCCGUGUUCGCCCGUUUUGAUAAAAAAGUUUAAAAAGACGUUUCCAGGCACUAAACUUGUGGUACACACUCUAUAUUAUUAAAUAAUAUGUCUUUGAUCCCGAGGAAAAAAGGUUUAUGUCAAUUUUGUAUAGUUUUUAAUACAAAACAAUUAAGUACAUUUUAAAAAUACAUAUCUGACUUGAACCAUUUUUCUAUGGGACCAAAGAUAUAAUAUAUUAUGUAAUUAAAAUGUUUUAUUCCUGAGCUAAACGAUUAAAAUUCUUAAAAAUAUAUUCUGACGUUUAAGUCGGUUUUCGGGAUGACGGAAACUAGUCCAAUUACUUUUCAAAACUACCACGAUGACACGGAUGAACAAAUUAUGUCGACAGUAGGUCAAAUACACGAUCAUGUGGAGGUCAGUAAAUUAAUAAAACUUAAAUAAUUUAUCGUAUAAACGAUAGUAAUCCUCUUGUAUUUUAACUAAGUUGGAACUUUUUUACAUUAAAACUGAUGCUCAUUUAUUCAGACCACUGAAAUAGUGAGAAUCUAUAUGUUCCUUAUCCAUUUCUGAUCACACCGAUAAUGGCGGUUUUGUUUUCUCAUUUAUUUUAUGUUGAUAACAUAUUUUCCUAACUUUAAUGUUUUCAUUUCAUGUGAUAUUCGCCCCUCUUUCAUUAUAUUUAAUUUGAUUAGAUAUUUCAUGUGAUCUGUAAUCAAUGUCAUUAUAGAGAUAGGUAGCUUGAAUAGUUAACAUAGAUUCUCGAAUACGAUGUUUUACAAUAUUUCGAUUUAAUAGCUGGAUUAAUAGUGUUUUUAGUUUAAGCGAUAUUCGAUAACUAGUUUCAAUGAUUUAACAAUAUUUAACUAUCGAAUUACAAGAAAUAGCCAAUAGAAAUAAUUGCAUGGUGCCAUUAGUCAUAGAUGAAUUAAGAAAACAGUAUGCAUUGUAUUGACAUCAUCACGAGAAAUAUUAUUAAUACAUAAAGUGUUUUUAUAGGCGAAAGUGGUUGAUUUAAACGGCGAAAUGGUACCCUUCGGUACUCCGGGGGAAUUGCUCAUUCGCGGAUAUGUGAACAUGAUUGGGUAUUACAACGACGAAGAAAAAACAAAGGAAACGAUCGACUCUACUAAAUGGCUUAAGACGGGGUAAAUAAUAAUUGAUGAUAACUUUAAAUAAUAUUAUUGUGUUUAUUGUUUUCUUGUUGUAGAGACCAAUUCAUGUUGUAUGAAAAUGGUUACGGCAAUGUCGUUGGUAGAACAAAAGAUAUGAUUAUUCGAGGUGGCGAAAAUAUAUUUCCUGUAGAUAUCGAAUACUUUUUGGAGUCACAUCCAUUAAUCACACAAGUUCAAGUGACUAUAUAAAUAAUAAAUUAAGUUAAAACUGUCAAAGAAAAAAAGGGUUACCUAAUAAAAAAAAAAAAAUUAAAUUACCAAUGGAAAAAUGAAAAGAGCCGAUUGGCUACGUAACGAAUAAUAAUAAUAAUCAAACCUAUUAACGGAAGACGUUACUUAUUUAGUGAAUUUCCCCGGUUUUUCCCAACUAUCAAGACGAAUACAAAGUAAAUCAAAAAUUGACCCCUUAGUGCACUAUCUGGACAAAAUUUACUUUUAUAAAAAAUGCUAUUAUACUUAAUGAUCGUAGCAAGAUUUUUGGUAGAAAGUAGUUUACAAGCAUAAAAAAAAGACACAUAGUAAAACCAAUACAUUCCUCUCUUCGAUCAGAACCCAAAAUGUACAUAGUACCAUUGGUAUUUUUGUACCUACCAGCUACCAUGUUCCCGAUGUAUGAAUAUCUGUUCGUAAGCUGUGGACCCUACGUCAUCGUAAAGAUUAACAAAACUAAUUAACUUUUUUCAUCUUUGAUCGACUUAUUGCAAGUGCAUAUUAUGUUGUUCUCAUUCUAUUUAUGGAUUUUUUAGGUAUACGGUGUGCCCGAUGAAAGGAUGGGCGAAGAAGUAUGUGCCAGUGUAAUCGUAAAAGAGGGUUCGACGCUCACGGAAACAGACAUAAAAUCGUACUGCAAAGGGAAGGUUGGUUUAUUCAAGGAAGUUUAUAACUAGCAAUUGCAUUCCGAUUAUAAUUGUAUUCAUAUUUCUUAUUAUUUACUCUAUAAUAGCUGUACAUAUUUUUUACUAAUUUUUUUCAGAUCUCUCAUUUCAAGGUCCCCAAAUACGUCUUUAUCGAAAAAGGCGAGUUUCCUAAAACAGGAUCCGGUAAAGUGCAAAAGUUUUUAUUGAAAGAAAUAGCUAUAAAACGGAUUGCGAAAUAUAACGAACAUUAUUAGAACUCGUGGCUCUGUGUAUUUACAAUUUUGUUUCAGAAUAUUUAAAUCUAAUUAAAAAUUCUUAAAUCAAGGACGUAAACAAGGUGGGGGGAUGAAUAUAUUGGUUCAAACAUCCCCCUGAAAUUCUAAAAACGCAUUAAUACUAUUUCUAUAGUUCAAAAUGUUAAUUUUUUUACUUAUGAACCUUCCCCAAAGUUUUUUUUGUAUACGCGCCUGUUUUAAAGGUGAUAAGUAGGUAUUUACGUUUACAAGCAAAUAUGUGCUAAAAAUAAUUUAUAAAUGUAUAUAUAUAAGCAUUUUUUUUAGUUUAUAAUAGGUGCUACUAUGCAUCAUUUUUUACUUUUACCGGCUCAUUAUGUAUUAAAUAAUAUUAACAUAUAAAUAUUUUAUUAU